UCCAAAGCCAUAAUUCACACUUAAAAGCUGAUAUAUAUCACCAAUCGUAACAAGUGUCAAUACAUAACACUAACUUCACCAACAAAAGAGGUAUGGAUGCUUUCUCAUCCUCUUUUCUCUCCUCUACUUACAUUCUUGGCCCAAAACCACCCUCACCUCCACCACCACCUCAUCUACCCCACCGCAUCUCCGCCGUGAGAAUCGAAGAAAGACCACCAACCACUACUCCUACCCCUCAACAAACUAGAACCACCACUCCAAGAAAAUCACCACCACCACCGCGACGAUCACCCCCGCCGCCGCCGCAGACUUUUCCGGCGACCCUUUUCAAUGCACUAGACAACAUUGUAAACACCUACAUAGACCCUCCUAGCAAACCUUUCGUGGACCCCAAGUUUACUCUCUCCGAUAAUUUCGCACCCGUCGAUGAGCUCCCACCGACGGAAUGCGAGGUCAUCCACGGCGUACUACCGCCCUGCCUCGACGGCGCGUACAUCCGCAACGGCCCCAACCCACAGUUCCUGCCACGUGGACCGUACCACCUUUUCGACGGCGACGGUAUGCUCCACGCUCUAAAAAUCUCAAACGGCCGCGCAACUCUGUGCAGCCGUUUUGUGAAAACCUACAAGUACACCGUGGAACAAGCGAACGGGUCACAAGUGAUCCCGUACGUGUUCUCCGGUUUUAACGGACUUACCGCCGCGGCGGCCCGUGGGGCCGUCUCGGCAGCGAGAAUGCUCACAGGACAAUUUAAUCCUGCGAACGGAAUCGGAACCGCAAACACAAGUCUAGCAUUUUUUGGCAACAAACUUUUCGCGCUCGGUGAAUCCGAUCUUCCGUACGAAAUCAAAAUCUCAAAUAAUGGCGAAAUUUCGACAUUAGGCCGAUACGAUUUUUCCGGAAAAUUGAACAUGAGCAUGACCGCGCACCCGAAAAUUGAUCCGAGGACCGGGGAGGCUUUCGCGUUCCGGUACGGGCCAAUGCCGCCCUACGUGACGCUGUUUCGGUUUGAUUCCGAUGGGAAUAAAUCGCAAGACGUGCCGAUUUUUUCCAUGCAGACUCCGUCGUUUCUGCAUGAUUUCGCGAUCACGAAUAAAUACGCGAUUUUCACGGAAAUUCAACUAGGCAUGAAUAAUCCUCUCGAUAUGAUUUUUAAGGGAGGGCCUCCCGUGGGUGCUGAUCCGGCUAAGGUCCCGAGGAUCGGGAUAAUUCCGAGGUACGCGAAAGAUGAGUCGGAAAUGAAGUGGUUCGAAGUGCCGGGAUUCAAUAUAAUGCAUGCGAUCAAUGCAUGGGAUGAGGAUUGUGGAGACACGGUGGUGAUGGUGGCGCCGAAUUUGAUGUCGGUGGAACAUACGAUGGAGAGGCUGGAUUUGAUUCAUGCGGUGGUGGAGAAGGUGAAAAUUGAUCUCAAGACGGGGAUUGUUUCUAGGGUUCCACUUUCAACUCGGAAUUUGGACUUUGCCGUUGUUAAUCCAUCUUACGUCGGCCAAAACAGCAGAUACGUUUAUGCUGCAGUGGGGGAUCCAAUGCCGAAGAUCAGCGGAGUGGUAAAACUAGACGUGACAGUCUCCGACAACGACCGCCGAGACAGCAUAGUCGGAAGUCGGAUGUUCGGGCCGAAGUGUUUCGGAGGCGAACCAUUCUUCGUCGCAAGGGAGCCCGAAAACCCGGAUGCAGACGAGGAUGAUGGGUACUUAGUAACGUAUGUGCACGAUGAGAAGAGCGGAGAAUCGAGAUUUUUGGUCAUGGAUGCAAAGUCACCGGAUCUUGAUAUUGUGGCCGCCGUGAAGUUGCCCCGGCGAGUACCGUACGGGUUUCACGGGCUUUUUGUGAGACAAAGCGAACUCAACAAGCUAUGAUAAAGAUUGGGUUGCUAGUGUAUAGAAAAAUGCUUGUAAAAAAAUUAUACACCUGUAGGGUACUAGGAUUGCAUAUAAUGAAUAAAAAUGAUUUACGAGUAA